CCGUGGCUCCCUCCAUCCCUGCUGCCAAACACUAACUCAUCUUCACUCUUUUAGACGUCACUCCUUCCCCCUCGGCCCUCACUGGUCACUCCGUUCCUUUCUCUGUGGACACGCCCGGCCAUCUCCGACGACCGCCACUCCAAGCCCUCCACCGCCGUUCGUCGCUAACGCUCGCUGCCCUCUCUCACGCGAAAGUAGCCACUGCCGAACCGAUCCAACUCGGCUAUCAAAUUGAUUCAAUUGGUUGUGAGAUUUCAUUGGGUUUUAAUUUUGAAAGAAGGAAAGAAUCAGUUCCUCUUCUCUCCGCAAAAAAAAAUCUGAAAAAAUUGAAGUGAAAGAAUUGCUUUGUCGAGUUAGUAUUUUUGGGUUUACAUACACAAACGUAUUAGAAUUAGAAAAAAUGGAACCAGAGGUGAUUGAAGCCGAGUUGGUAUUGCCGACUCACCUGAGUUUCAAGCGCGUUCAAAUGUACGAGAAGUACCCAAAAGGUCAAUCAAGAGGCAGACACUGGAAACACCUCAGGCAGAUCAUUCAAGCUGAAAAUUACCAGAAUUUUCCAACAGAUGAACCCAAUUAUGUCAACAUUGAGUCACCUCCCUCUAUGCAUCCUUGCAAAAAAAUUUGCGACAUAACAGGAUAUGAGGCACCUUAUUCCGAUCCUAGGACCAAUCUCCGUUAUGCGAAUGUUGAGGUCUUCAAGCUCAUUAGAUCUUUGCCUAAUGAAUAUGUGCAGAGAUAUCUGGCUCAGAGGAAUGCAGCUGUAGUUUUGAAGUAAAAUUUGGCUUCUCUAAUUUUUCUGCCAAAACUUUUAUUCUUUUUCCUCUUGCAAAAUCAUUACCAGACCUUUUAAGUGGGGUGAUUUGGAGAUUAGGGGAUUUGGGCACUUUAGAUAUUAGGGAGAAAAUUUGAGUUGAAAGGAAAGUGAGAAUUGAGGAUGAUAUGAUGUGAGUGAAUGAGAAUGAAUUCCAAGUACCUUGAAUAUUAAUGUAAAUGGAGGGAGAAGAAAAUAUAGAUGGGAUUUUGUUUUUGCUUUUUAUUAUAUAUAUUUUUAAUGCUGAA